AAGGGGGGGGGGGCUUCCUCUGCCCUCCUUUAGGGGAACUUCUCUCUCUCUCACAGAUAUUCUAUUGUCAGACGGGUAGCCAGUCAGACACGAAGCGUCUUUCUUUCUCCGCUCACAAAGAAUGCAGCGGAGAACUGCUGAACAGCCACCAACACUUAGAAUACUGUUCAUGUCUUGCCUGAAAAAAAAUUCUCCCAGUCUUUCUCAGUCCUCUGCUGGUGCUGGGUGAUGCUGAGGGCAGAUAGUCUCUGCCCGCCAGAAGCUCAUUCCACUAGAAACAGGCAGCCUCCAUACCCUGCUGUUUCUGUUUCCCCUGCAUGCUCACCACAGAGCCAGCUCUUUAUCUCUCUCUCUUUCUCUCCCUCUCUCUCCAAUCUCUCCAUCUCUCCUCCCCUGAACCCUUCAUCUCAGCCAGUCUGGCUGUGUGGAUCCGGCUCUCCAGGCUCAUUAAACUCAAUAUUCAUUAAUCUACGUGGCGCAAUUAGCAGCAAAGUCUGAAGCAUUCGUCUGAGAUAGUUCGAAGAGAAAGAAUUGUGUGUGUGCUUUGUGGGCGAGUGAGCACGUGUGUUCGCAUGUUCAACAUGUGUGCAUGUGAACUCCUAUAUUUUGCAGCACUUUCAAUGUAAUGGCUGAAAGGUUAAGGUUAGGGUUAGUGUUAGGUAGGGUUAGGCUCGCUGACUCCACCGCUACAGUGUCAUUUCCCUUUUUUUCUCUUCAAUCGUUCAGAGUUCAGAGAGUGAUGAGAGAUUUGUCAGGCCAGGUCCCUGUGCUUGUUCAUGUCUCUAGAAAUAGUUGCUUGCAGAUCCUCUGCUGAAGGACUAAUAAUUGCUUACCCAUUUCCCCCCCUCCCUCCAUCUGCUAGUUUGUGAGCUCUAAUUAAAUGAGAGCGUCGGGGGAUAGUCCCUGUUCAUCAACAUGCAGCUUCAUGGCUCAUAAAAGAUAGCUUACUCUGCCCAAUAGAAUCAGAUUGAAUUAGCUUGUGUUUGCUUGGAGCUCAUGACAAUGUCACGGUGGUCAGCUUGUGGCUUGGGUGCAGAGACCCAGCCAUCAUGUAGCAGCCUGCCUGCCUGCAGCCACGGUGGUCGGAAUUCCCCUGUCUUGUCUGUGACACAGGUAAGUGCUCAGUGUCUGCCUGAAUACGAGCUGUUUUACUGAGAACAGAGCAAGCUGAAUCAAAGUGUCAGCUCUGGUAAACAUAUCCCUUGUUCUCUCCUUUCUUGCAGAAUGUCUGAGAAUAAAAAGAUGAAUAUUGUAGGGUGACAGGAGGGUGAGAGGAGGGGACAGGUGUAGGACCCUAAGGGGAGCAUGGAGUUAUUGGAUAGGAUAUAUUUCAUGUCUACAGGCGUUCUACCUCUUACCCUCUUACCUGCACUGAGGUUAGAAGUGAAUUGACACCUCAGACACAGUGCAUACACCAAUGCCAAGACUAGUGUAACACUGAAAGGUUAUUAAUAUGAUAUUGUUAAAAUAAGAAACUUAAAAUAUAUCUGUUGACUGGUCAGGUAUGUAAAUGUAACAUUGUACUCAUCUUACAUUUCAUAUCCUGGUAUUAUCAAGCAAGUACUUUUUCAGAAACAAUUGAAAAAGUGUUCAAUUAACUUGGAAAAUCCGUGUCCCGUAAACUGUAAUGGAAAAGGAUUUAAACUAACAACAUGAUUGCAUCGUUACCUAUGGCGGAUGAAAUCGCUUCUCAUCCGAUUUUUUUUUUGCAGUGCGAGCUCAACGCUGUGAGAAACUGCCAUCUGAUUGGUCGAAGGGGGAUUAAAGCAGAUAUAGUUGUGUCGCGUGUUAGGAGUGAUUUGUAGUUUAGCUCCGUCUCAGUUUGUUCAGUUAGUGUGUGGGGCUUCGUUGACUGUUCGUCUGCAGCAAGUGCGAUAAGGAGACUGUCAGCACCCUGUUUCUAGGCAGGAAGACUCAUUCACUCCUGCCUGGGGCUGGGGGACAACAACCAGGCUGUACUCCCCACACUGUACUCACUGUACACUGCAGAACUGCUGUAGCGCCUCCGUUUUACUAAUGUGUGUGUGAGAGAGACUGUCGAGGUUUUUGAAUGAGAGUGAGCUUGCAUGUGUGUGUGAGAACACUCUUGGGGCUGACGUACAGUAGCAAUGGGCACUACCACAUUACUGGAAUGUUUCGGUCGCACACGAAGAACACAGGCCCGGCCACGCCCUCUACGCCUGGGUAGACCUUUCCAGCCAAUCCGCUGUUACCCUGAGAAAGCGCCACGCCCCUGCCACUUCCCUCGUAUCAACGGCCACUCCAAGUCGGAGCGCACUGCGCGGGACUCGGCCAUGGGCUACGACAGCGCCUCAGUGAUGAGCAGCGAGCUGGAGACCAGCUCCUUUGUCGACAGUGAGGAAGAUGAGGAUGCCAGCAGGCUCAGCAGCUCAACAGAGCAGAGCUCCUCCUCUCAGCUGAUGCGCAGACACAAACGCCGCAGACGGAGGCACAAAGUGGCCAAAAUAGACCGGUCCUCUUCCUUCAGCAGCAUCACAGACUCCACUAUGAGCCUCAACAUCAUCACUGUCACUCUCAACAUGGAGAAGUACAACUUCCUGGGUAUCAGCAUCGUGGGCCAGAGCAACGACCGGGGCGACGGCGGCAUCUACAUCGGUUCCAUCAUGAAGGGCGGAGCCGUGGCCGCAGACGGCAGGAUCGAACCUGGAGACAUGCUCCUGCAGGUGAACGACGUGAACUUUGAGAACAUGAGCAACGAUGAUGCUGUCCGCAUCCUCAGAGAGAUCGUGUCUAAAACCGGGCCUAUCAGCCUUACUGUAGCCAAGUGCUGGGAUCCAUCUCCACGUAGCUACUUCACGAUCCCCAGAGCGGAGCCUGUAAGACCUAUUGACCCUGCAGCCUGGAUCUCUCACACCACCGCCCUGACCGGGCCCUACCCACACUACGAGUUUGACGACUUGCCAUUGUCGGCCAGUAAGACAGACAUGGCGACCAUCGUCAAGGUGAUGCAGCUGCCUGACUCUGGUCUGGAGAUCCGGGACAGGAUGUGGCUGAAGAUCACCAUCUCCAACGCUGUCAUUGGUGCUGAUGUGGUGGACUGGCUCUACUCCCGAGUGGAGGGCUUCAAGGACCGCCGUGAUGCCAGGAAGUACGCCAGCAGUCUGCUCAAACAUGGCUACCUGAGACACACCGUCAACAAGAUCACCUUCUCUGAGCAGUGCUACUACACCUUCGGAGACCUCUGCCAAAACAUGGCGUCCCUCAACCUGAACGAGGGUUCCAGUGGUGGGGGCUCCGAACAGGACACCUUGGCCCCCCUCCCUCCCCCAGCCACCAACCCCUGGCCCCUGGGAGGCCAACCCUUCCCCUACCCCCCUUUCCCCUCCGCUCCCCCUGGCUUCCCCCCAGGAUACUCCGACCCCUGCCACAGUUUUCACAGUGGCAGUGCCGGCAGCCAACACAGUGAGGGAAGCCGAAGCAGCGGCUCCAACCCCAGCGCAGGGAAAGGCAGGCGCUCCUCCCCUCAAGAGAAGACCCACAGGUCCACUUGCAGCGAAUCAGAGCAAGUCGUGCGGGGUGUCAGGCGUGGCGAUAGGUCUGCCAGCCAACUCAGUCAUCACAGCCAUGCCCUCUCCAGUCACAGCCACACUCGCUCAGGUUUCAGCCACACCCAGUCUCACAGGAGUCACUGUCACUCGAAAAACAUCCAAGCCCCCUUCUCCUAUAGCCACGCCCCCUUCAGCCAACCUGUGCCCGGCUCCUGUGGCCACAGUGAGCGAAGCCACGCCUCCUCCUACGGCCCCCCUGGCCUACCCCCCCCGUACUGCCUGGCACGCCUCGCCCCCAAGACGUCCGUCAGCAGCAGCACCCCCCCUGGGGCCCCCCCAGUGAGGGAGCUAGCUGCCGUCCCCCCCGAACUCACCGCCAGCCGCCAGUCCUUCCAGCACGCCAUGGGAAACCCCUGUGAGUUCUUUGUUGACAUCAUGUGACAGACAGGACAGUGCCUUGAAAAGUUGCCGAGCACAAACGAUUCCCUCUGCCCUGCUCUCUCCGUUUUUCUUUGUCUCUCGCUCUCAUUUUCAUUCUUUUUCUCUCUCUUUUGUUCUCUCUCUCUCUCCCUUUCUCUGUCCCUUAGCUAAAUCUCUUUGCUACUGACUAUCCCUGUGUUCAGAAUGUAGACCCUGGCCCUCGACCCGUCGCUAGCUCAUUGCUCCCCCUGAUGUGCAAGUAAGGGAGGAUGGGAAACCAGAGCACAAGAGGGAGUCCUCAUACAUCCAUGCGCGCACACACACAGACACGCACACGCAGGUCCUCUGUCUGUGUGUGUGGAGAACCCUCCCAGCUCUUUUGUAUUGACGUGACAGUAAGUGUACAGUUUGUGAACCGUGAGUGGUAUUCAAUGUGGUGAUUCUAAAGAGCUGCCACACAGACAGGCCCAGGAGAGGGAACUCUAUCUGGAUGAUCUCCUGUUGGACCAGACCUAGCUGGCUGGAUCUGGAUAUCAAUCCCCCAGACUCGGAGCCACAGCUUUGGACCGGGUCGACCCAGGACUGGAGACCGAUCUCUUGGUAUUUCUCCUUCACAUCCUCUGCUACUAUUUGGCACUUCAGACCAAAAGUGCAGCUCUAGCGGACCGCCGUUCUUGCUUAUGCGGUAUGCCAGGGGGACCUGGGAUACUGUCACAUCUGCCAACUAGUCAGUGCUAGCCUUGGCCACUUAGACAGCGUCUGGAUCUUCUCAACGUUGUUACGGAGGAAAUGUGCCCAGUCUUUAGCUCAACUAGGCUGCAUCAUUUGCAUGACCGCUUUAAAGGAGACAACAAGAAUUCAUUUUGCUACAUAUUUUGAAAUUGAGGGUUACCUCGUGGCCAAUGGUCUAAAAGAGAAAUCCAUACACUGGAGAUUUUUUGUGAUGUUAUUUAUGUGAUCAUGUUGAAUUGAUGGUGUCAAACCUUGUCUGUCUCUCAUUGGCCGACUGACACAUCGACAAUCAGACAUCUCCUUUAGUGACCCAGUGGAUUGACCAUCACCACUGUCCACUGUCCUAGCUGUGCUUUGUUGAAUGUAUCAUUACUGCAGUAACCCUGACUACCACAACAGUAGCAUGUUGUGAACCAAUUUGACACCACUGUUGGCAGAGAAACAUGCCAACAGGAUUGCAAACAGUGGUCAUCCACCAUGUCGGAUUACUCAACAUGAACGUAUCGAGUGGAACAGAGAUCACUAGUACAGUAGCUAUAUACAUGCUCCCUGUACACAUGGGUGGGAUGACAUAGAGAUCAGAGGGAUGGCAUUGUCCUGUGACUGGUGGUGUCCCUACCCUGCCACGUCUCUGACAGGAAGGGCUGGGCUGAACAGGCCUGGAUAUUGAUUCAUCCUGUACACUAUUGUUCUGUAAUCAAGUGACUUUAGAGAAUGACAAGGGAAACCCCAAUCCUCAAUUCUGAAAAUCAUAUGAUAGAACUGAAUCGUUGCCAGCCCUGUUUGGCCCCAGGGCUGAUUUAGGUGUGUUGUACCAGCUCUGUCCACCCGGGGGAGAAGUAGCAGCACACUCAGUUGAAUAUCAGCACUUUCUCAUCUUUGUCUGGCCCUUUAGUAUGAAACACUGUUUGCAAUCAAAGAUUUCUCCUUUGUUUUGUUUCUUUACAAAAGAGGAAUACAUUGUACAUAGAAAUUUAUUAUAUAUAAGAAUUAAAAAAUAUAUAUGUACAAAC